AUUUCUGUCCAUCUCUUCAAUCUUUAUCUAUCUCACAGUCAUCUAUUGCUCUUUCUUUCCUCCCUGUCUGUCUUUGUCUACUUGUCUGUCUUACCCAUCUUUGUCUGUCUGUCUGUAUCUGACUGUCUGUCUGUCUGUAUCUGACUGUCUGUCUGUCUGUAUCUGACUGUGUGUUAUAAUGCCAGGGGGGUCUACAAAAAAGAUCUGCCCCUUUUGUCAGGGGAUUUUAUUUUGCGCUCAAAAGAUCUGCUCACAUUGUAAAAAGGAGCAGCCUCUGAAGCAGCGCCUCAAGAAGAAGCUUCAGAGGUUUGAUGAGAAGCGAGAGGAAUGGGUGGUUGGUCGUAAGAAAAACCACAACACUGCAUCCAUCAAGGAUGAAGCCAAUAUCAUGCUUGAGAAACUCCAUGCCAUUGGCUACAAACCAGUUCUGCUACUAGGAAAGGAGAACAAAAAAAAAGAAAUUAAGUGUGAAAUAUUAAGGCCUCGCUGCACACUCUCCACCUUUGCCCAGGACUACCUACAGAAGAUAGGUUCAUUUUAUGAAUACCUUUGUGAAGGAUGGACCCAGGAUUCCAGUGGCAAUGAGGAUCAGCUGAUUACUCUGCAGCUCACACCCUGCGAGGCGGAAUCCACGGAGGGGCAAGUGGAGCAGGUGGAAUCCACGGAGGGGCAAGUGGAGCAGGUGGAAUCCACAGAGGGGCAAGUGGAGCAGGCGGAAUCCACGGAGUGUCAAGUGGAGCAGGCGGAAUCCACGGAGGGUCAAGUGGAGCAGGUGGAAUCCACGGAGGGUCAAGUGGAGCAGGCGGAAUCCACGGAGGGGCAAGAUGUCUUCACAGGGUCAGCCAGGGGCACAGUCUCAAAGCGAAAAAAAAAAAAGUCAGGGGGACCAAGGCAUAUGCCUGAAAGGAAAAGGCACCAAAAGAGGCAAAGCAGAAAUGCUGGUUGACUGGGAGUCCUGUCCAGUAUGUGGUGAGCAGUGGGCCCAGUCCUGGCAGCCAAAGGAUUCACUCCAAAAUAAUGAAAAUAAAUAAAAUGUAUAUUUAUAACUCCAUUUUGGUUUCAGGCUAUUUAUUAAAUUGUUUCUGUGCUGCAUUUGAAGUCAUAUCUCAUCUUUCUGUAGUAUUGAAAAGGGGAACAUCUCCAAGAAUAUGACCUGGAAUU